GCCGCGUCGUUCACUUCACUUCACUUCGCUUCAUCCAGGACUUUCUCUCCCUUGUCUAUCCUUUAUCCAUCGUACAAGCUGAAUUGCAGCAACGCCUACGCAUACAUAAAAUAUACACACGGCCCGAGAGCUCCUCUUCACUGCGCUUCACUGCUCCGCUCGGCUCUGCCUAGCUUUGCUCACUUGCGCCACAGUUGCCCAGGAGCCCGAUGGAAGGGUGAUAGCGAUGAACAGCCUCAGCUCCCUCGCGAGGCUCACCACCCCCAGCGCUUCUCCUCCGAGAUCGCGAAAGAGCUCGUCGGCCCGCGUGGACACACUGGCCUCACAGCACGACUCGGCACACGGCGGCUCGGGACUCGAUAUAGGCUCACUCGCCGAGAAGCUGGGCCACGAGGGCGCGUAUGAGGUCAGCAGGGCGGGCGACGAGGACGCCCACGAUACGGAACAAUGGGCCGACGAGAAGACGCCUUUGUUGGAUGGCGGCGACACCAGCGCUUCGGGGCGUGAAAGCGGCUCGGUCUGGCGACUCCCACAUCGCAUAGGUGCCGCAGUGCUCUACGGCGUCACCCUCGUCUUUUCCACCAUUACUGCGCCCGGGCGAUACGUGAUUGCCUGCUUCUACGACGAGGAAGGCCGCUUCUCCACCAUCUUGCCAUUGACACGACUGAAGAAUCUGAUGACACAGCAAAAGAGGCGACAGUCUGCGCAGCAGUUGGGCCUGCGCGGUCAACAGCAUCUCCGCGAGAAGCCACAGAUGCGAGCUUCGAGGCAUGGGAGGCGCUCGCCAUCUGUGGACAGUAACGCCUCGACCGUGUCGUAUGGGACCUCUGAAGGAGAAGCAGAUGACAGCCCUGCGCGACAUACACGUUCCAAGACGAGUACAUCUCAACUGAGUAAUGACACCCUGCCAAAGAAGAGCAUUCGCAUAAGGGAGAAUAGCUUGCGGAAACGCAAAGAUCCUAUGGCCAGGACAAAGGCUGCAAGUGCAGAAGAUGCUGCAGCAGUGGCGCCAAUGCUGAAGUCGCCCACUUCAUCUGCCAUCUCCAAGCUGAAGUAUCCCCGAUCACCUGCCACGCCACGACCUUUAGUGCCUCGAAGGCAGCCCAGCUACAUCUUGUCAUACCCGUCAUCUACGCCGAAGAAGACCUUGAUCAUCGACCUCGACGAAACAUUGAUCCACAGCAUGGCCAAGAGCAAUAGGAUGUCUACGGGCCACAUGGUCGAAGUGCGACUCGGCGGACCUGUAAGCUCUUCUGGUGUACAAAUUGGCCCAGGUGUACCCAUAUUAUACUAUGUGCACGAGCGACCUGGGUGCCACGAAUUCUUGCGGAAAGUCUCCAAGUGGUACAACUUGAUCGCUUUCACCGCGAGUGUUCAGGAAUAUGCAGAUCCGGUUGUGGACUGGCUCGAGCGAGAACGAAAGUACUUUUCGGGGAGGUACUACAGGCAACAUUGCACAUACAGGAACGGUGCAUACAUUAAAGACCUUGCUCAGGUCGAGCCGGAUUUGAGCAAAGUAAUGAUCUUGGACAACUCGCCAAUGAGUUACAUAUUUCACGAGGAUAACGCGAUCCCCAUCGAAGGAUGGAUUAGCGACCCUACAGACAAAGAGCUUCUGCACCUGAUACCCCUGCUCGAAGGUCUACAGUAUUGUACAGACGUCCGGGCCUUGUUGGCUUUACGGCACGGACAAGCACAGCAAGCGUAGACGGAAGAUUGAUCAUCAAAUCUAAAUAGUAGAUUCUUCGGGGUCGUUGGGAUUCUCGCUUCAAUGAAUGAAUGCGCUCUGGAAUCCCGAGAGCUUGCGUCAUGACUUCCAGUAGAGGCAGUGGUGGCCCAUGGUAUCCCGUGCAUCGUGGAGAGUCCAUCACGAUGGCUCUGUUCUUGGGUACCUCUGUGUGUGUGUGUGUGUGUGUGUGUGUAUGUGUAUGUACAGUAAUAGAUGAGACAUGAGAUACCACCUAUGCUUCUCUUCCGUCAAAGUCAUGCAGAG